UUAACAAGAGAUUUUUACAGUUAAUAUUCAUUGUUUCUCCCAAUUUUCUCCUUUGCCGCGUUUCGCCUCCGCCGUCUGGAACAUCGGUGAGCUCCACCACCGUCGUCCUUAUCAUUCGCUCCGGCUUUUCUUCCUCCAUUUCCCGUGCUCUUCCAUCGGAGGAAGUAGAGAGAGAGCCGGUGAGCUCUCCGAUUAUGCGAGUGGAAUAGAAGGGAGGGAUUUCGAAGGCUGAAUUAGGAGAGUGAGUUGUGAAGAUGGAAAACAGAGAUGAUCCUGGGAAGCAGGAUGACAGUCAGAAACAGAAGAAUGCCUCAUUUGUUGUGAAGAUACCUUCUUAUGAAGAAGUGGUUGAAAGUUCCCAACCUAAGUCACAGUCCCUGUUCAAGCCUUCGCCCUCGUUUUCACAAGCAUUUGACUUUAUAAAAAACACUGAAUUUUACACCACCCCGCCACCUGCGCCAGUGGUUCAGCCCUCCGUAGAUGCCCCCUCAUCCUCUCAAGUAUCCAAUCAAAGGCAAACCAUUCAAUCUCAAGCUCCAUCCACAUCAGUUUCAUCAGCUGGUGCAAAUCGGAAUGCCAUCAUCGUUAGCCACAGACAGAAGGGCAACCCUUUACUAAAACACAUAAGGAAUGUCCGAUGGGUUUUCGCUGAUGUUGUUUGCGAUUAUUUGUUGGGCCAAAGUUCAUGUGCACUAUAUUUGAGUCUCCGCUACCAUCUUCUACAUCCAGAUUAUUUAUAUUUCCGGAUAAGGGAACUGCAGAAGAAUUUCAAGCUUCGCGUUGUGUUAUGCCACGUUGAUGUUGAAGAUGUUGCUAAGCCUCUGCUCGAAGUCACAAAAACAGCACUACUGCAUGACUGCACUCUUUUAUGUGCUUGGAGCUUGGAAGAGUGUGGUCGGUACCUGGAGACUAUUAAAGUUUAUGAAAAUAAACCUGCGGAUCUUAUUCAGGGACAAAUGGAUAUGGACUACAUGUCAAGGUUAAACCAUGCACUCACAUCAGUGCGGCAUGUUAACAAGACAGACGUCAUUACCCUUGGAUCUACUUUUGGGUCUCUCUCAAAUAUCAUGGACGCAUCAAUGGAAGAUCUUGCUCGUUGCCCCGGGAUUGGAGAAAGAAAGUCUUUUUACAACAGGUUAGACGCUUGCAUGAUACUUUCCAUGAGCCAUUCAAGCGUGCAGUUCCCAACCCUGCUGCACCCGUUGCUGAAAAUCCUAUCGAUAACGAAGGUGGUCCCGCCUCUGGAAGCGAAAGAAACGAGGAAGUUAAGGAGAAUCAAGAGACGAGCAAAGACCACAAGAAAGAAGAAGAAAUCAGUGUAAGAUCUGCCCUGAAGGCUGCAUUUGCCAAGUAUUCCAGCACCAGAGGAAGCAAGAGGAAGGCAGGGGUGCAGGCUGAACGGGAAGAGGACGACGUCUGAAGAGCCAACGAGAGUGAUGACUUUACAAGAUAAGUUUUUAUACUCAGUGGUGGAAGCUGUUUUUAAGCUAUCGUAGUACCAUCGAUGCAUUCACAUCUGUGAGUUGUUUCUGUGUUUUCUGCAAGAAAGCCUAAUGUACGGCAAGUAAGUUAAAUAAUUUUUCUC